AAGCCAGCGAUCGUGGCUCCGCGCAGCCACGUUCCACCUCUCACGCAACAGCCGUCACCCGUCCUGUUCGCAUGCCGGGAUAUCGCUCGUCUCGAGGAAACCGACGACUCCAAUUCGAGCCUAGCCCCAGGCACCCACGCGCGUGCUCUGCGAUGCCGACCCAGCGAAGCCUCGCGACGAUCGUCCCUGGAAGUCCUCCGGCGUCCGUUCCUGAUGUCCACGCAAUCGCCAAGAUCGCGAUUUGUUUCCAAGCUUCGAGGAAUCGACGAUCAAGCGUUGGCGACCAAGUGAUCUGGCUCUUCGAGUUCCACGAGGUUGAAGACCCUGAGCAUCUGUUUAGUGAAGGUUGCCUUUGGUGCAAUCUAUGCUCAGGUAAAGAAGGUGUCGAGGCGGAUCUCCAGGAGUUCCAGGUCUUCGACGAGUCCGAGGAUUAGGCUAGUGACCUCCCCCAGUCAGCUGCCUGUGGUGGGUUGUUUACGUUGGCUACGUUUCGAUUCUGUGUACUUUGAUUUAUAUUAUGUAAAUGGCUCCAGUCUGUAAUAUUAUUACUUACUCUUUAUUGUAAUUCGAAGCAUUGUGCUAUGAU